AGUACUGGGAACUGAAAUUGAGUUGGCAGUAAAUUGAAUGUCUUUUUAAAAUAAUAGGGUUAAGACUCACUUCUUUUUUUUUAUUAACUUAUUUUAAUUGGAGGAUAAUUACUUUACAAUAUUGUGGUGGUUUUUGCCAUACGUUGAUAUGAAUCAGUCACAGGUGUACAUGUGUCCCCCAUUCCAAACCACCCCGCCCACCUCCCUCCCCAUCCCAUCCCUCUGGGUCAUUCCAGUGCACCAGUUUUGAGUGCCCUGUCUCAUGCAUUGAACUUGGACUGGUCAUCUGUUUCACAUAUGGUAAUAUACUCAUUUCAAUGCCAUUCUCUCAAAUCAUCCCACCCUUGUCUUCUCCCACAGAGUCCUAAAGUCUAUUCUUAUAUCUGUGUCUCUUUUGCUCUCUUGCACAUAGGGUUAUCGUUACCAUCUUUCUAAAUUCCAUAUAUAUGCGUUAAUAUACUGUAUUGGUGGUUUUCUUUCUGCUUACUUCACUCUGUAUAAUAGGCUCCAGUUUCAUCCACCUCAUUAGAACUGACUCAAAUGUGUUCUUUUUAAUGGCUAAUCCAUUGUGUAUAUGUACCACAAUUUUCUUAUCCAUUUGUCUGCUCAUGGACAUCUAGGUUGCUUCCGUGUCCUAGCUAUUGUAAACAGUGCUGUGAUGAACCUUGGGGUACACGUGUCUCUUUCAGUUCUGGUUUCCUCAGUGUGUAUGCCCAGCAGUGGGAUUGCUGGGUCAUAUGGCAGUUCUAUUUUCAGUUUUUUAAAGAAUCUCCACACUGUUCUCCAUAGUGUUGUACCAGUUUGCAUCCCUAUCUGCAGUGUAAGAGGGUUCCCUUUUCUCCACAUCCUCUCCAGCAUUUAUUGUUUGUAGACUUUUGUUUGUAGAUGGCAGCCGUUCUGACUUGCGUGAGAUGGUACCUCAUUGUGGUUUUGAUUUGCGUUUAAGACUCACUUCUAAUAAGAAACGAGGAAGAAAUUAAUUCUGGAGGAAAAUUAAAUGUCAGAUUUUGACUUAAUGAGUGAGGUAUUUCUUUUCAGAGAAUUCAUGUCCCACUGUGUCUUUUUAGAAAGAAUCAAUUCUUAAAGAUACCUGAAAUCUGGUGUUGUGAUUUUGUAUCAGGCAUUUAAAAUUAUUUUUAUUUUUGACUUUGGUGGUGGUGGUGGUGGUGGUGUGUAUGCAGGCACGUGCCUUUUUAAUCUGGCUAUACUGAUUUAUUCUUGAGUUGAUUUUUUGGGCACAUUUUCAUUGGAGGGGAGGCGAUAUUUAAGGGACUGGGCCCUGAACAGGGGAAACAAUGUGACCAAAAUAGAUUCAGCACUUGCCCCUGUGGAGGUUUUAGUCUAGCCGGGAAGACAGAUUUUAAAUUAACAAUAAGGGUGAUGUAUGUGGCGACUUAAAAAUAUUGCACAGUGUGAAAAAUGGCACAACUUGAGAGAUGUGUGUUGUUUUAUCUGGGGCAAAAUGAGGACUGCAGCCCAGGAGACAGCACCUCAGAUAGUUCUGAGAAACUGCUCCCAAGAGGUAGGGGAAGGAAGGUCAAUAUAUAAGAUUUUGGUGAAGGGGGAGUUCAGUGCAACCAGCUGCUUACUUUACAGAAGGUUUUCUGCUCGUCAUGAGGAGCUGAUGUCAUCGUGAAGGGAGUUCAUGCUUUUCUAGAUAUGAGGAGAUGAAAAGAUUGGGUUCAUAAAACCAGUUCCUAAAAAUAUCUAUCUGAAGACCUGUUCCACCAGUUUUCCUGAGGCAGUGUGCCUCAUUCAUACUCUCCACCCUGAACUCCCUUCAGGGUAUGUCAAAGGUCAGUAGCAGCAGCAGCAGCAUCACAGGAUACAGUCCCAGGAGAGGCAGGUGGCUGAUGCCCUUGACAAGUGCCAGUUGUAGUUGACACAUCCGUAAGAUGUUAACAAAAUUCCAUUUGAACUUUUUGGCUAAACCAAUAGAAAACACGGAACAGGAGAACUUAAGAAAGUCAGGAAAAGUAUCUUAAAAUGGACAAAUGUUUGAACCUGAAAGAUGCGUUGUAUAUAGCUAGACAAAGAGUCAGGCUGUGGAAUUGGAGUAGGGAAGAGAUUUGAAAGAACCAUAGAGGCAUAAUCUCUCAAGCAGUACAAACAAAGCCUGGUGUGUUCUAGGAGCUGAGAAAAGAUGGAGAAAGUUAAAACAGAAAGCCAAGUGUUGAGUGAAAGAGUUGGGUGGAGAGGAAGGAGGGCCUGGAAGAUCAUGGUAAGCUUUGGACCUUGUUCUAAGGCCAUUUGGAAGCCAUUGAAUCAGAGUUUUAAGUAGGGAGUAAUAUGAUUUUGUUGAUGAUUUAAACAAAACAGUAGCUUCUGGAUUUAGCAUGGAGUUUAGGAUGGAUAAGAAUGAAUGCAGAGUCCACACGUAUAGAAGCCUGGGUAAGUUCAGAACACAGAUGAUUUUGGAGCUGAAAAAGUUGGGGUUUGGUAAUGACGGUAAAAUUGGAAAAGCUUGAAUGUUUAAGAUGUGUAGGAGGUAGAAUUAGAGAAUUUGGUGUUUGAUGUAUUCUCUCUACCACAUGACAUAGAGUAAGUGUAUAAGUUAGUCGCUCAGUUGUAUCUGACUCUUUGGGACCCCAUGGACUGGGGCCCACUAGGCUCCUUUGUCCAUGGAAUUCUCCACGCAAGAAUACUGGAGUGGGUUGCCAUUCCCUUCUCCAGGAGACCAUGCCAACUCAGUGUUUGAACCUGGGUCUCCCGCAUUGCAGGCAGAUUAUUUACCGUCUGAACUACCAGGGAAGCCCAUGAUAUAGAGUACAGGUUGGCAAACUGUGGCCUGUGGGCCAAAACUACUCCAGUGCUAGUUUCUAUUAAUAAAGUUUUAUUUGAACAUGAUAAAACACAAAUAUUCAUGCCUGGAGAAUUCUAUGGACAGAGGAGCCUGGCAGGCUACAGUCCAUGGGGUCACAACGAGUUGGACACGACUGAGUGACUCAGUCAUUCACUCAUUGGAGGACAUGUGUUUACAUGCUCCCUGUGGCUGUUUCUGUGCUACAAUCGCAAUUAAAUAGUUGCCAUACAUGUGGCUCACAGACUUUUUCCCCCUAAUUCCUGAUUUCAUCAUUUAUUUAUUAUUUUUGACUGUGCUGGGUCUUUGUUGCUGCACAGACUUUUCUCUAGUUGUGGCAAGUGGGGGCUACUCUCUAGUUGCGGUGCACGGGCUUCUCAUUGUGGUGGCUUCUCUUGUUGCGGAGUGUGGGCUCUAGGUGUGUGAGCUUCAGAGUUGUAGCGCGAGGGCUGAGUAGUUGCGGUUCCCAGGCUCUAGAGCAUAGGCUCAGUAGUUGUGCACAGGCUUAGUUGCUCUGACCCAAGUGGGAUCUUCCCUGAUGAGGGAUCAAACCCGUGUCUCCUGCAUUGGCAGGCGUAUUCUUUAUCAUGAGCCACCAGGGAAGCCCGCCAUGUGAACUCUUAGUUGUGGCAUGUGGGAUAUAGUCCCCUGACCAGGGAUCAAACCUGGGCCCCCUGCAUUGGGAGUGUGGAGUCUUAGCCACUGGACCACCAGGGAGGUGCGGAGGCCCACACAUCCUAAGCUAUUUACUAUCUAGCCGUCUAUAGAAAAGGUUUGCCAACCUCUAAUACAUAAAGUACGCAUCAAGUGCCGUGCUGGUGGCAGGAUGUGGCGUCCUGAAGAAGUGGUUGUUGUUCAGUAAGUCAUGACCGACUCUUUGUGACCCCAUGGACUGCAGCACCCCAGGCUUCUGUGUCCUUCACCAUAUCCUGGAGUUUGUUCAAACUCAUGUCCAUUGAGUCAGUGAUGCCAUCCAAUCAUCUCAUUCUCUGUCGCCCCCUUCUCCUCCUGCCCUCAGUCUUUCCCAGCAUCAGGGUCUUUUCCAGUGAGUCAGCUCUUUGCAUCAGGUGGCCAAAGUAUUAGAGCAUCAGCUUCAGCAUCAGUCCUUCCAAUGAUUAUUCAGAGUUGAUUUCUUUUAGGAUUGACUGGUUUGAUCUCUUUGCCGUCCAAGGGACUCUCAAGACUCUCUACAACACCACAGCUCGAAAGCAUCAGUUCUUCGGCGCUCAGCCUUCUUUGUGGUCCAGCCCUGACAUCCGUACAUGACUACUGGAAAAACCGUAGCUUUGACUGCAUGGGCCUUUGUCAGCAGAGUGAUGUCUCUGCUUUUUAGGUCACUGUCUAGGAAGGACACACUGAAACUUUAAACCCUGGCGCUGGUAUCAUGGAAUCAGUCACCUUAGAGGAUGUGGCGAUGGAGCUCAUCCAGGAGUGGACGUUGCUGGACGAUGCCGGGAGGAACCUGUGCAGACACGUGCUGCAGGACAACUGCAGGACCCCGGCGCCCAGGGCAGCAGGGACUCCACCAUGCAAAGCCAGUCUCGUCUCCCAGGUGGAGCCAAGAGAAGAGCUGAAAGCAGCGGAGCACGGCGUUCUCUGUGCCACAGGUGUGGACUGGGAAUCUCAAUUUACACCCAACGAGCCUACUCCUCUGCAGGAUAUUUCAGAGGAAAACUCAUCCUAUGACUUGCAAAUGGGGCCAGAGCUGGACCUGAAGAUAGAGAUCAAGUCUGAGAUGGAAGAGGAGGUGAUGCCUCCGGCUCCAGAGGACUGGUCAGCUCUCCAGCAGUCUUCUGAAUAUGCAGUCAGCCUGGGAGGUGGUCUGCCAGGAGGGCCCCAGCCUCUGUCAAGAAGGCCCAAGGUUCAAGAUAUGUCUGGGCUGAAGGUGGCUGUGCAGAUACAGAGGGUGGCCACGCCGGAGCCUGCGCUGGGCCUCCCCAGACUGUGGAGGGCUGGGGGUGCUGCUCUGUCUGCUCAGGGCCCUGCCUGGCUCCAGAAGGAGAGCAUAGGAGAAGCAGCCAUGACUCCUGGGGGACUGGCCACCUGUCCACAGGAGCCAGUCACCUUUGCGGAUGUGGCCGUGCUGUUCACACCAGAAGAAUGGCUGUUUCUAGACUCUGCCCAGAAAAGCCUAUACAGAGACGUGAUGCUGGAGAACUACAGGAACCUGGCCUCUGUGGCAGGUGAUCAACUCUGCAAAACCAGGAUGUCUUCCCAUAUGGAGCAAAGAGAAGAGCUGUGCAUCACCGAGAGAGGGGUCUUGCCAGGAGGCCAGUUAGGUCCUCACCUUCAACACCAAGACUCCAUUCCUAAUCAAGAUAUUUUGGCAGCGAUUCCAUCCAUUGGCAUGAAAAGGGAGCCACCUCAGGUCGGAGAAAACCUCUAUAAAUAUGAUGAGCUUGGGAAGCCCUUUGACAGCAUCAAACCGCUUUUUCAGUACCCGCGAUUUCCUACUGAAGGAAGCCCCUUUGAAGGCCGAGAGAGCCGAAAAUCCUUCCUCCGGACCACCCGCCUCAUCGUGCCUGAGAAAGUCCCCAGCGGGGACAAAACCUACACGUGCGACAAAUGUGCAAGAUCCUUCCGGUACAGCUCCGAGCUCAUCCGGCACGAGAAGACGCACACCGCGGAGAAAUGCUUCGAGUGUCAGGAGUGCCGGCAGGCCUUCAAGUACUUCUCCAACCUGCGGCGCCACCUGAAGACCCACGGCGGCGAGAAGCCCUUCGAGUGCAGCCAGUGCGGGAAGACCUUCACGAGGAACUUCAACCUGAUCCUGCACCAGAGGAACCACAUGGGCGAGAAGCCCUACUCGUGCAAGGACUGUGGGAAGGCUUUCACCCAGCCGUCCUCGCUGAGGAGCCACAUGCGGACCCACACCGGAGAGAAGCCCUUCGAGUGCGGCCACUGUGGGAAGACCUUCCGGGAGCACUCGUCGCUGAAGACGCACGUGCGGACCCACACCCGAGAGAAGCCCUACCAGUGCACCCACUGCGGGAAGCCCUUCCGCACGAGCACCAACCUGAACGUGCACAAGCGGAUCCACACCGGCGAGAAGCUCUAUGAGUGCGCCACCUGCGGGCAGGUCCUGAGUCGGCUCUCCACCCUCAAGAGUCACAUGCGGAUCCACACCGGAGAGAAGCCCUACCCGUGCCCGGAGUGCGGGCGCGCCUUCGGGGAGCCCUCAUCCCUCAGGAAGCACGCGAGGACCCACACCGGCAAGAAGCCCUAUGUGUGCCCGCAGUGCGGGCGAGCCUUCGGCCAGUCCUCGCACCUCAUCGUCCACGUGAGAACCCACACCACGGGGAGACCCUACGAAUGCACUCAGUGUGACAAAGCCUUCCGACACAGCUCUUCACUCAGCGUGCACAAGAGGGUUCACGCCAGGGGAGAAAACGUCAGGACCAGCGACCUGCCUUUAUCUGUGUCUCUGCCCAUGGAAGGGCCCCUUGCUGAUUAACCUCCUGUUUCUACAGACUAAGCACCCGGGGCGGUAAUCAUCUCUCCUAGUACUCCUUUAGCGACAUCCUCUGUGGUGGCUCAGUGGUGAAGAAUCGCCUGCCGAUGCAGGAGAGGAGGGUUCUAUCCCUGGGUUGGGAGGAUCCCCUGGAGAAGGAAGUGGCAACCCACUCCAGUAUUCUUGCCUGGGAAAUCCCAUGGAUCCUGGUGGGCUGCAGUCCCUGGGGUCACAGAGACUCAGACACGACUGAGCACGUGUACACACACGUAACACACCACAAGCAGAGUGUGUGAUCUUUAUGUUGUUGAAUGUUAAGUAUUUAUGGAGAUUUGCUUUUAGGUCUAGGGCUUCCCUGAUGGCUCAGGCGGUAAAGCGUUUGCCUGCAAUGCGGGAGACCUGGGUUCGAUCCCUGGGUUGGGAAAGGAACCCUUGGAGAAGGAAAUAGCAACCCACUCCAGUACUCUUGCCUGGAAAAUGGCAUGUCUUGGUAGUUGCCUGCCAAAACUGCCCCUUCUUACUUGCAAAAGCACCUAGGUAUUUUUGUUCAGAUUGGGACUAUGCAAUGUACAUAUAUAUUUUGUGGCUUAAAGCAAGAGAAUUUUAUUCUCUCACACUUCUGGAGGGCAGAAGUUGAAAUCAAGGUGUCUGCAGGGCCACAUUCCCUCUAAAGUCUCUAGGAGAGGAGGCUUCUUUGCCUCUUUCCACUUUUGGUGGCCCCAGGUGUGCCUUGCCUUGUGGCAGCAUCGCCCCCAUCACUGCCUCCGUCUUCACGUGGCCUUCUCCUCUGUGUGUCUGUGUCCUCUUCUGUGUCUUCUAAGUGUCUCUUAUAAGGACACAUCAUUGGACUUAGGGUCUACCCAGAUAUCCAGGAUGGCCUCAUCUCAAGAUCUUUAAUCUAAUGACAUCCACAAAGACCCUUUUCCAACUGAGUUCACAACCAGAGUUUCUAGGUGGACAUAUCUUUCUGUGAUGGUGGUGGUGGGGGCCGCAUUCAAACCACUACACCAUCAGGGAAUGCGCAUGAUUAAAAUACUUCCACCUCCCUGUCCUUCUUGCUGGCAGUGGAAGCCACGUUCUCCAGUCCUGGCCAGCAAGAGGCAUCUUUGAGUGUGAGUCCUGGGGAAGAUGUCACAAAGGAAUGGUUUCAUUUAGCCAGAUCCCUCUCCUUCUUCCCUGGUGGCUCGGACAGUGAAAAAUCUGCCCACAAUACGGGAUACCCAGCUUCAGUCCCUGGGUCAGGAAGAUCCCCUGGAGAAGGGAAUGGCUACCUACUCCAGUAUUCUUGCCUGGAGAAUUCCAUGAACAGAGGAGUCUGGCGGACUACAGUCCAUGGGGUCACAAAGAGUCUUCAGACACGACUGAGCGACUAACACUUCACUUUGUCUCCUUCUUGCCUUUUGUACAAGCGGGCACCAUAUCUGGUGCUAGAGGAGGCAUCCUGUGACCACAGGGGCGAAAGCAGCAGUCUAAAGAGAGCGUGGGGGACUUCCCUAGUGGUCCCGUGGUUAGGACUUUGAGCUUCCAAUACAGGGCUGAGGGUGUGAUCCCUGGUCAGGGAACUAAGAUCCCACAGCUGUAUGGUGCUGCCAAAUUAAACAUAUAAAAAUAAUAGAUUAAAAAAUAAUAGUUUGUGGCCAGAGCUACAACCAUCCUGGUUCCCCGGUUGGUAUCCUUGUGUGGGUGUACCAGCCCUGGGUUGUUUGUUUCUGGACAUCUUGUUUACACGAAAAAGAUGCACUUCUUACUGGUACAUGACAUUGUCUUUUUUGGGGGGAGGGGAGUUUGGGGGAGGGCAGGGAUGGAUUUAUUGUGGCUGAAUGCAGUCUCUAACUGAUGCACUUAAUAUAUGGUUCAUUUUUAUAAAUGCUUCUUGGAUGGUGGAAGUCAAUGUAUGGUAUCCUAUAAAUGUCCACUAGAUGGAGCAUGCUCUUUGUGUAUAAAAGUCUUUUACACAUUUUAAAAUACUGGUUUCUGUCUUAGCUCGGGCUGCUAUAACGAAAAUACUGGGUGGCUUACAAAGAACAGAAAUGUAUUCCUCACAGUUCUAGAGGUGGGAAGUCCAAGAUCACAGCUGGCAGAUUUGAUGUCUGGGGAGGCCCCACUUCCUAGUUCAUAAAUGGCCAUCUUUUUGCCAUGUCUCACAUGGCAGAAGGGGAGCAAGAGAGCUCCCUGGAGUCUUUUUUGUAAGGGCACUGAUCCCAUUCAUCAGAGCUCCAUCCCUAUGACCUAAUCACCUCCCAAGGGCCUCACCUCUUAACCAUCUCCUUGGGAGUUAGACUUCAGCAUGUCAACUCCAGGGAGCACCAACAUUCAGUCCUUAGCAGUUGCCAGUCUAUCAUUUACUGAGAAAGUUCCAUUAAACACUCCUACCAUAUGUAUGAAUUGCUGAAUGAGUCUUUUAAUUCAAAUUUCAUAUAUUUUGAAGCAAUGGAAUUAAAAGAUUUUUGACAUCUUGUAAGCUUUCAGUUAAUUGUUCCUUUUAUUCUUCUAGUGGCCGUCUUUCUCCCUAGCAGUGAAUAUUCAGCCAUUCAUCAUCAUAAUAGCAAGUAAUUAUUUAGUGCUUAUUAUUGCUAGAUAGUAUUAUAGCUACUACCCUGAACUUUGUAUCUUUUAAGUUAUUUAGUCCUUACAAUGACACUUUGAGGAAGGUACUGUUAUUAUCCCCAAUUCACAGAUGAGGAAACUGAGGCCUGAUAAGUUAACUGAGGUCCUGUAGGUGGUAAGUGACAGUCUGGCUCUCGAUACAGAACUUCACUGCAGGGAGCUGUUGUCCAUUUCGCCUGAACUCACAGAGUUCUGUUUUUGUGUUUUAAAGUUUUGUUUUUUUUCCCCCACACUGAAAGGCUUUGUGGGAUCUCAGUUCCCUGACAAAGGAUUGAACCCACACCCUUGGUAGUGAAAGUGCAGAGUCCUAACCACUGGAUUGCCAGGGAAUUCCUCUAAAGUUCUUUAAUUGAGACAUAACUUACAUAAAAGUCCGUAAGUCUUGGUGUUCACCUCAGUAAAUUAUAUAUAUUUAUCUCUGCUACUCUAGAGUAGGGAAUGGCUACCCACUGCAGUAUUCUUUCCUGGAGAAGUCCAUGGACAGAGAGCCUGGUGGGCUACAGUUCAUAGGAUCACAAAGUUGGACAUGACUGAGUGACACUUUCACACCACCCACAUAAAAAAAAAAAAAAAUUCUAUCUUCCCAGAAGGUUCUCUUGGGCCCGACCCAGGUCAGUAAGCCCCAUCUCCAGAGUUAACCAGUAUUCUGACUUCUGUCACCAUAGAUUUGUUUUUCCUGUUCAGAAAAAUAGAACCACACAGUACGCCUUCUUGUGUCUGAUGUUUUCACUUAAUAUAGUGCCUAUGAACUUUAUCUUUGUCACAUUACCAGUAGAUCUCUUUUAAAAUUGCUGUGUAAUAUUCCAUUGUCUGAAUACACUACAGUUAAAAAAUUUCACUCUGUUUAUGGACAUCUGGGUUCUUUCCCAAUGCUGUUAUGAAUAAAGCUGCUAUGAGUA